AUGGCGUUCGCCCCAGUCGAUGCUCCAAACCACAAGCGCGAGGACAAGAAGAGAGUCGCCUAUUUCUACGACUCGGACGUGGGCAACUACGCAUAUGUCUCGGGCCAUCCCAUGAAGCCUCACCGCAUACGGCUUGCUCAUUCCCUGGUCAUGAACUAUGGCCUCUACAAGAAGAUGGAGAUCUACCGCGCGAAGCCCGCCUCCAAGUACGAGAUGACCCAGUUUCACACCGACGAGUACAUCGAUUUCCUUGCGAAAGUCACCCCGGAUAACAUGGACUCGUACCAGAAAGAGCAGCAAAAGUACAACGUCGGAGAUGAUUGUCCUGUCUUUGACGGCCUGUUCGAGUUCUGCGGAAUCAGUGCGGGUGGUUCGAUGGAAGGCGCCGCCAGGUUGAACCGCCAGAAGGCAGACAUUGCCAUCAACUGGGCUGGAGGUCUGCAUCACGCAAAGAAAUCAGAGGCUUCUGGGUUUUGUUAUGUCAACGACAUUGUUCUCGGCAUCAUCGAGCUUCUGAGGUUCCACAAGAGAGUGCUCUACAUCGACAUCGAUGUCCACCAUGGCGAUGGUGUGGAAGAGGCUUUCUACACCACAGACAGAGUAAUGACUGUCUCUUUCCACAAAUAUGGCGAAUAUUUCCCCGGUACCGGCGAGCUCAGGGAUAUUGGAGUGGGUUUGGGCAAACACUACGCUGUCAACUUCCCUCUCCGAGACGGAAUCGAUGAUACUUCGUACAAAGGCAUCUUUGAGCCCGUCAUUCGGGCCACUAUGGAGUACUACCAGCCAUCAGCCGUCGUGUUGCAAUGCGGAGGUGAUUCUCUUUCUGGUGACCGACUAGGCUGCUUUAAUCUUAGCAUGAAGGGUCAUGCAAACUGCGUGCAAUUUGUCAAGUCCUUCAACCUCCCCACCCUCAUCCUUGGAGGAGGUGGCUACACGAUGCGGAACGUCGCAAGAACUUGGGCUUUCGAGACCGGCUGCCUGGUGGGGGAGCAAAUGACAGCAAACCUUCCAUACAACGACUACUACGAGUACUACGCCCCAGACUAUGAACUUGAUGUUCGGCCAUCCAACAUGGACAACGCCAACUCGAGAGAAUAUUUGGACAAAAUCCUCACGCAAGUCCUUGAAAAUAUGAAGCGAACCGCGCAUGCCCCGUCGGUACAAAUGACCGACGUUCCCCGGGACUCGCUUGGUAUGAACGAUGAUGAAGAAGCUGCUUUGGAUGAUCUCGACGAGGAUGAGAAUACCGACAAGCGCCGCACUCAGCGCAGAGCAGAUAAAUACGUACAAAAGAACGGCGAACUAUCAGACAGCGAAGAUGACGAAAUGGAGAUAGACGGAAACGGUCGCCCAUCAGGCAGCCGAAAACGACGCGUCAUGCAAAACUACCGCCACAUCAUGGAUGUGGGCGGCAACGAUUCGGGUAUCGAGACAGGCAGUGGAAUGGGCACACCGCAACAGGCAUCAAGCCUACCCGAUGAGGCAGCAGACGAGAUGAAUGUGGAUGAUGAUCUAGAAAGAAUCGGGCAACCGACUCCCAGCCCCCAGAACGGCGAAAACGUCAACGGUGCUGCGGCGGUUGCUGGGCCUCAGUCACCAGUCCACGACACACCAGCAGUUGAUGAUGUGGAUGUCGAGAUGGGGGACGCCGACGCACCGAAUGGCCAUAUCCUCGCGGCUACGGCAGCCCAACACGAGCUGCCACAUCCGAUGGAGGAAGCGACUAGUACAGUACAGCAGCAACGUACCCCUCCCGAUUCACCGCCGGUUCCGGGAGAUGAAGAGCCUUCGCUGGUCGCAGUCAACGCCACAGUCGCGGAAACCACAACCCAUGAAGCCGAAAAUGAAAGCGCCACUGCUGUGCCCGCGCCGCAUGUUCCUCCAGCAACAACUGAACCUGAAGCUACCGGAGCAACGGCCGAAGAGGCAGCCAUCAAACAAGAAGUAAUUGGUGACGAUGAAGCCGCCAAAGCCCGAGAAGAAGGACGGAUGGAGCGAGAACUGGCGAAUGCCGAGGCCGAGGCUAAAACGGAGGCCGUGGCGAAGGUAGAGGCUGCCGACGGGGACGCCGAGGCCACUAUUGUCGAACAACCAGCACAAGGUGAAGGAGAACCAGAGGCAGGGAGCGGGCCAGACCCGAAGCAAGGAUCUUAG